UACCCACUGCUUGGGGCCUUCUGGGUGGCAGCACUUCCCAGAGGGAGACCGAGCUGCAGCCUUGAGCCCUUGGCUGUUGGGGGGUGGGCGGACUGACUCACUUGGCCCCCUCCCCGGGGCCGAUGGGGCAGCUCCCACACCCAUGGGCGCUGGCAGCCUGUCAGGCCCCUGGGUUUCGGAAAAGGAAGCCGCAGCCCCGCGGCGCCUGACCCGAGCUGGCUGAGAAUGCGCUCUGCGCGCCGGGACCCGCUGGCCCCCGGGCCGGGAGGAGAUGUUUAGGCUGCGACCCCCCAGAGCAGGCUCGCUCCCGCGGCCGCCCGCUGGGGCCACCCUGGCCGCGGGCCCGCCGGGACGCCCCUGCUCGCAGAGCCCCUCCCCGGGCCGUGGCGCGUCCCCCGAGUCUCGCAGUAUUUCCUUCCUGCACCUUUAAGAAGACCGUUGCUCCGUGGUGGGAUGGUGUGUUAAAGCCACACAGAGGAAGUUACGCAGCCCGGAUCAGACCGAGAGAUAAAAGCCCCGAUGGUGAUCGUGAGUGAUGGCAAGAGGAUUUAGCCUCGGCAUUAACUUGGAGCGGAGUGCAGGGGGGCAGUGAAACGCCCCGCCAUCUGGCCCGCGCCGCGCCGGGGGGAUGCCCCGGCGCCCCGACGAGCAGCCGCGAAGCCCACCCGGGCCGGGGGCUGCCCGGUGCCCGAGCGCGGGUCCCCUCCGAGCCGCCCAGGGGGCCCCAAAAGUUUGCACUUGUUAGCGGCGACCUCCCGCUCGGCCGGGGCGGGCGAUGCGGGCGGCUGGGGCGGGCCCCUCCCCCGGCCCGCGUCUCCGGGACGGCUGCGGGCGGCCCCCCCGGCGGCCGGAGGGCUCCCCAGCCCCGAUCUGACGGCCGCGGCGGCGGCGGCCACAGCGGCAGCGGGAGCAGCGCGGGGAAGCAGAACCGGCUCGCAGCCCUCGGCCCUCGCCCCACCCAGCGCCAGCCAGACGGGGGAGGCGGAGCGCCGAGGGUGGCGGUCCUCGGCCUCCCGGGUCUCCGCUCCGGGAAGCCGCUCCGAGCCGGGGUGUUGUUGCUAACGAGCUCUCUCUCCUCCGUUCUUACAAUGAAAGACAAGCCAGACCCCGGGUACCUGGAUGGAUUGGGAGCUGAAGUCUCAGAAACUUCCUAAUAAGUUGCCCAUGGCUACCAGCCAAGGUCAGCUGGUUCCCAUUAGCGCCUGUCCCCACCAAAGACGAGCCAAAUAAGUUGCUCCCCAGUUAACACCUCAGUCGCUUUUUUUAUGCUCCAGUCCAGCUGCACAAUUGUUGUCACUUUAAGCCCACAUGAAAAGAAAUCUCUUUUAUGGGUCCAAAAUGCCAAGUCCAAUCCCAUAGAGGGAACGUGUUUGCAGCAAACAGGUACACCUCCUGAUUUUACUUUAUCUUUACAACGCAGGCCGGAGGGUUGUUUUGCAGUUGUGUUGAGUGCACAUCACACAUUCAGGGCCCUUUAAAGACCCGGGUUGAUUGGAAGGACCAAAAUUAAAAGCAAUCUGAUCCGGCCUCACGCCAGAUCCCUGCGGAUUUUCUCCCUAUCCCAUUUCCAUCCACCGUCACAAUUUGAGAGUCUGCCUGAUCUGAUCAGAUUCCCCUCUGGGAGAGGUGUGAUGCCAAGGUUAGGAGGACGCCAAGUUGUGGGCAACUUCUCGAUCUGCCCAUCAGCAGUCUGAGAAACGCUGGCUCUGAGUUUUCCACAUCGGCCUCUUGGAAAAAACAAGUUCCUCGCUGUUUGCAACCUGGCAGAGUCCCUGGGACAUCCGGCCUCCGUCGCCUGGUAGACGUGGCUUUUCCAUGCUGAGGCGGCGAGGCCCUCCUGACCCAGUCGCCUCAUCUCCGGUCCCUUUCUGGGCCUCGCCCCUGGGGACUGCGCCGCCAUGCUGCACCUGCUGGCUCUUUUCCUGCACUGCCUCCCGCUGGCCUCUGGGGACUACGACAUCUGCAAAUCCUGGGUGACCACGGAUGAAGGCCCCACCUGGGAGUUCUAUGCCUGCCAGCCCAAGGUGAUGAGCCUGAAGGACUAUGUCAAGGUGAAGGUGGAGCCCUCCGGCAUCACGUGUGGAGACCCCCCUGAGAGAUUCUGCUCCCACGAGAACCCCUACCUGUGCAGCAACGAGUGUGACGCCUCCAACCCGGACCUGGCUCACCCGCCCCGGCUCAUGUUGGACAGGGAGGAUGAGGGCCUGGCCACCUACUGGCAGAGUGUCCCGUGGAGCCGCUACCCCAGCCCGCUGGAGGCCAACAUCACCCUGUCGUGGAACAAGAGCCUGGAGCUGACGGACGACGUGGUGGUGACGUUCGAGUACGGCCGGCCCACCGCCAUGGUCCUGGAGAAGUCGCUGGACAACGGGCGCACGUGGCAGCCCUACCAGUUCUACGCAGAGGACUGCAUGGAGGCCUUCGGCAUGCCCGCCCGCCGCGCCCGCGACCUGUCGGCGUCGGGUGCCCACCGGGUGCUGUGCACGGAGGAGUACUCGCGCUGGGCCGGCUCCAAGAAGGAGAAGCACGUGCGCUUCGAGGUACGGGACCGCUUCGCCAUCUUCGCCGGCCCCAACCUGCGCAACAUGGACAACUUGUACACGCGGCUGGAGAGCGCCAAGGGCCUCAAGGAAUUCUUCACCCUCACCGACCUGCGCAUGCGGCUGCUGCGCCCGGCGCUGGGCGGCACGUAUGUGCAGCGGGAGAACCUCUACAAGUACUUCUACGCCAUCUCCAACAUCGAGGUCAUGGGCAGGUGCAAGUGCAACCUGCACGCCAACCUGUGCUCCGUGCGCGAGGGCAGCCUGCAGUGCGAGUGUGAACACAACACCACAGGCCCUGACUGCGGCAAGUGCAAGAGGAGCUUCCGCACACGGUCCUGGCGGGCUGGCUCCUACCUGCCACUGCCCCACGGCUCUCCCAAUGCGUGUGCCGCCGCAGGCUCUGCCGUUGGCACUGCGGGCACCUCCGCCGCUGCCCCCGCCCCCGCCAAGGCCUCCAGACUUUUCCAGCUCAGGCCCAAAUCUCCUCAAGUGAUGCCUAUUGAAGAAUUCGAAGACUGCGAGUGCUACGGCCACUCCAAUCGCUGCAGCUACAUCGACUUCCUGAACGUGGUGACCUGCGUCAGCUGCAAGCACAACACACGAGGCCAGCACUGCCAGCACUGCCGUCUGGGCUACUACCGCAACGGCUCCGCGGAGCUGGACGACGAGAACGUGUGCAUUGAGUGUAACUGCAACCAGAUCGGCUCCGUGCACGACCGGUGCAACGAGACCGGCUUCUGCGAGUGCCGCGAGGGCGCGGCGGGGCCGAAGUGCGACGACUGCCUCCCCACGCACUACUGGCGCCAGGGCUGCUACCCCAACGUGUGCGACGACGACCAGCUGCUGUGCCAGAACGGCGGCACCUGCGUGCAGAACCAGCGCUGCGCCUGCCCGCGCGGCUACACCGGCGUGCGCUGCGAGCAGCCCCGCUGCGACCCCGGCGCCGCCGACGGCGGCCUGGACUGCGACCGCGCGCCCGGGGCCGCCCCGUGCCCCGCCACGCUGCUCGGCUGCCUGCUGCUGCUGCGGCUGGCCACCUGCCUGGACUGCUGAGACCCGCGGAGAAACCCCGGCCGGGGGUGGGGGGAGGCGGUCCGUGCGCCCCGCCGCGCCCUGCGCCCCGCGCCCGGAGAGCCGGGAGCCCGGGGGCCGGCGUCGGAGGCCCGGCGGCCAGAAGGGUGCGGCCCGAGCUGCUCCCAGGUGCUACUCAGCAGAGUCCUCCCGCCCCGUCCCCCCGAAGUGGCACCUGCCCCCGCCCCGGCGCUGCAGCAGGGGAUGCUGUGUGGUCGCGGCCCCAGCGGCCCGCGAUUUCGGUCUUAGUUUUUCUUUUAUAUUACCCACCGACCCUUUCCUUUUUUUUUUUUUUUUUUAGCUGGCGGUGAGACAGGGGCGUGGGAGAAGCUGCUCAUCCCAACAGCCCCAGGUCCUGCCUCCUGCUUCCCUCUCCCCCCCACCCCCCCACCCCACACACACGACUGUUGCAGACACCCCCUGCGCCUGUCCCUGGCUCACCAUCAGCCAGCGGACCCGAAAAUCCAGUUGCCUACACCUCUAGUCGCUGACUUGAUUCUCUUUUCUAUUCUUUGUUUUCCCUUACAACCCACCAGACCCCAGGCCUUUCCAGAGGCCUGGUGACCAAGGAGCUCGCUGUCUGGGGGAAGGGAGUUAGGAAGGAGGGUUGGGAGGGCUGGAAACUUACUUUUGUAGAGAACUAUUUUUGUUUGUAUUAACCGCCCCUAUAAGGAGGGACAAAGAGCGGGGACGCUGGACACCACGGGGGUGGUUGAUGGUGUAUAAUCUGACAGUAAAGAAUCUGCUCA